AUGGCCUUCCUCGCCCGCGCGUCGCGCCGCUUCACGCACUCGUCCGCCACGAAGAAGGCGGCCGCCGAGUACACUGGCGGCUUCAAUGUCUUUGACCAAGGCCGCCGCAUCCUCGUGACGGGCGGUACCGGCCAGAUCGGCAUGGAGCUCGUCCCGUUCCUUCGCAACAUCCACGGCAAGGACGCGGUCAUCAACUCAGACAUCAAGAUGCCUGGCAAGGGCGAGCAGAAGUCGGGCACGUUCGUCUACUGCGAUGUCUUGAACUACGACAGCCUCGCCCGCAUCGUGUUGGAGAACGGUAUUGACACGAUCAUCCACAACGCGUCGCUCCUCUCGGCCAUCGGCGAGAAGAACCCGCAACUCGCGCUCAAGGUCAACACGCGCGGCCUCGAAAACGUCUUGGAGCUUGCCCGCCUCAACAACCUCCGCGUCUUUGCGCCGUCGACGAUCGCGGUCUUUGGCCCGUCAACGCCCAAGGACAUGACGCCGGACCUUACCAUCAUGCGCCCGACGACCAUGUACGGUAUCACCAAGGUGCACUUGGAACUCCUCGGUGAAUACUACCACGAAAAGUACGGCGUGGACUUUCGCUCGAUUCGGUACCCCGGUAUCAUCUCGUCCGAGGCGUGGCCGGGUGGUGGCACCACUGAUUACGCCGUCGAGAUCUUCUACGAAGCGCUCAAGACGGGCUCGUACAAGUGCUUCCUUGGCCCUGACGCGUGCCUCCCCAUGAUGUACAUGCCCGACUGCCUCCGCGCGACAAACGAGCUCCUCGAAGCGCCGUCGGACUCGCUCUCGCAGCGCGUCUACAACGUCACGUCGUUCUCGUUCACGCCGGCGCAGCUCGCCGAGUCGAUCAAGAAGGUCAUUCCCAACUUUACGAUCACGUACGAACCGGACUUUCGCCAAGCCAUUGCCGACACGUGGCCGCGCUCGAUCGACGACAGCGUCGCGCGCAAGGACUGGGGCUGGAAGGAGCAGUUCGAACUCGACGCGAUGGUCGAGGACAUGCUCAUCAACUUGGAGAAGAAGCUCAAGAAGCUCGGCCACUUGUAA